CUCUGAAAUUUCCAUGGCUGGUUCCAGUGAAAGCUCUCAACGAAAUUCUGGCGAGGACCCAAGCUCGAAAAUGCUCUUAUCUGCUGUGGCUAAAUUAGAUCAGAAAUUCGACACCCUUUCUAAUGAGAUUCGGCAACUCUGUGCUGCAAUACAUUCUGGUCUGACGUUGAAAUCUGGAGCUGUUGGUUCUCAUCUCCGAGAGCACUCCGGCCACCGAUCUGCAGCAACACAGAUGCCACAGACGCCCAUUCCUUUGACACAUCCAGCAGAUCCACACCUCCAAGAUUCGCCUCCUCCUCGAAUUCCCAGAACUCAACACCGUCAAUUUCUGGAUGUUCAGCAACGUAUUCCACUCUCAAUCGACUCGGACUCGGAAGAUGAGAUGGAGACAAUGGCCAUGAAUCGAGCCCCUCAAGCUGGUCCUAACAGGUAUGCUCGAGACCACCAACCUUCAGACUACCGAAUUAAAGUUGAUAUUCCAAAUUUUGAUGGGUCUCUGAAUAUUGAGGAUUUUCUUGAUUGGGUACAAACUGUUGAGUCUUUCUUUGAGUAUAUGUCCAUACCGCAGGAUAAACAGGUUCGUUUGGUGGCUUACAAAUUCCGUGGGGGAGCCUCGGCAUGGUGGGAACAGGUUCUGAGUAAUAGACGAAAACAAGGAAAGGGUCCGAUACAAUCGUGGUCACGGUUACGCCGAAUGUUGAGAGCCAGAUUUCUCCCCGUUGAUUUUGAGCAAAUCCUUUACCAGCAGUAUCACCAUUGCCACCAAGGUUAAUAUAGUGGAGACUCAAGACGAUUCGGGAGAAGAGUUUGCCACCGUGGGGGAUGAAACCGAGUUGGUGGAUGAAGACCAAGGUGAACCAGUUAUUUGCAUCAUUCAGAAGCUAUU